AUGACUGACUCGGAUGAGACCAGUUGGAUUAAUUGGUUCUGCAAGCAGCGCGGAAAUGAGUUCUUUGUGAUGGUGGACGAGGACUACAUCCACGACAAGUUCAACCUGCUCUUCCUGGACAUGGAGGAGAAGAACUAUCGCAGCGCACUCCAGGUGAUUCUCGACCUGAACACCGGGUCCGCCUCCGAUGGUGUACCCGAUUCCGAAGUGGAGGCUUCCGCCGAGAAGCUCUACGGGCUGAUUCACGCCCGUUUCAUCGUCACCGAUCGCGGCAUCGAGCUGAUGUACAAGAAGUACGUGAAGGGCGUCUUUGGGACAUGUCCACGCGUCUUCUGCCAGCGCCAGCAUGUGCUGCCCAUCGGCAUGAGCGACACCAUUGGCAGCGAAAUGGUGCGUCUCUACUGCCCCAAGUGCAACGAGGUGUACAUCCCCAGGUCCGCUCGCCACGCCAACCUGGACGGCGCCUUCUUUGGCUCUAACUUUCCUCACAUGCUCUUCAUGGUCAAGCCAGAGACGCGUCCCAAGCGCUCCAAGGUUAAGUUUGUGCCCAGACUGUAUGGCUUCAAGAUCCAUCCCCUUGCCUAUCGCUCUGAGACACAUAGGGACUCGCAGGAAGAAGCUGAUACCUAG